GGCGGCACCGCGCCGGGACAGCGGCGGGAGGGAGGCGGCACGGAGGGAGAGGCUGAGGAGGAUCCAGCCCGGCCCAGUCCGGAGGGACCCGCACUGACCCCAGCCCCGGCUGCCGCAGCACCCGGCCGGAGAGGACAGACCAGGGUGACAGCCGCAGGUCACUGACAUCUGGGACCAGGGCACCCGCUGGAUGGCUAUGAAGAGCUCUGUGCUCUGAGUGAACAAAGGCACUGUGAGCCUGGAGACGCAGAAGUGACUUCCAGAGGAUCAUCUCAGAAGCUCAGCCUGCAGAGUGGAGAACUUGUAAUCUGUUUGUGCUGACCCCAGAAAGCAGAGCAAAGCAUCAUGAACAGCCAUCAGCCAGUAAAAAUCUUCAAGAAAUCUUCUAUCCCAGGAGUUGUUAUCACUCAGUUUGUGAAUGAUGUUCCACAAGGAUGCAGUACACCCGAUUUUGAGAAGAAACCACUCACUCUGACACUUCAGGAAGGUAAAAAUGCCAUUUUCAGAGCUGUGGUCAAAGGUGUCCCAGCCCCUGAGGUGAAAUGGUCACGUACACUAAAAGGAAUGGACGAUCCUGCCAAAUAUGAAAUGUCCUUCAACAGUGCUACAAAUGAAUUCAUUCUGGAGAUCAAGAGCCUGGUUCUGGAUGACAGUGAUUUGUAUCGCUGCUGUGCUGUCAAUGCCUAUGGAGAGGCCUCGUGCUCCGCUGGCCUCAGGAUCAUCCAAGUUGGCUUUAAGAAGAAGGCAAAAUAUGUUCCUGUUCAUGCUGCUGAUGAGCUCAAGCAGAUACUCCUGGCCUCCAGGAAGAUGCUGAGGAAGAGGGUUGUAGCACCAAAACCAAAGCCCCUGGACAAAGAAGCUGUGUGGCAGCUGUUGCUGCAUGCAGAUAAGAGAGAUUAUGAGAAAAUCUGUAUGAAAUAUGGAAUUGUUGACUUCCGUGGGAUGCUGAGGAAGCUGCAGGAGAUAAGGAAGGACACAGAGAGUGAACAAGACAAGUUAGUUCACAGUCUCAAAAACUUUGAACACAUCAGAGUCAACAAGGAGGGAAAUGCUACGUUCAGCCUGGAGAUGGAGCUGAAAAUCAGCAGCAGCAACGUUUACCUGCUCAAAGACGGCGAGCGGCUCCGGUACGGGACAGGGGAUGAGUACAGGAAGCACUGCCUGAGGAGAGUUGGGAGAAGGUACUACUUCACUGUCAAUGAUGUGCAGCCAGAGGACGCAGGGGUGUACCAGGUUAGGGUGGAGGACGUCCCUAUCUUCUCAACUGAACUGGAUGCUCAAGCCAUCCCGGUGCGGUUCCGGCAGCCGCUCUCCGACGUGCGCUGUGCUGAGGCCGGGGACGCCGAGUUCCAGUGUGUGCUGUGCACGCCCUGCCACGAGCCCCUGUGGCUGCACAAAAGCCACCCCCUCCAGGCCAGUGACAAGCACCAGAUCUCCGUGACGCCUGAUGGUCUGACCCACAAGCUGAUUGUCAGGAACGUGGGACCCUCGGACAGCGGCCUGUACACACUUGAUGCGGGACAGGGCUCCUCCAGUGCCUGGCUCCUCGUGGAGUAUCCCAAAGGAAAGAGGAGACAGGAUGAAGGAGAAAAGAUUGAAAGGGAGACAUCUGAGUGGCUGAAAGAAACAAUGGCAGACAACGAAAGGGCAAGGAAGCUUCGUCGCCAAGAAAAAGCUGCUGAGGAAAAUCGUCCUUCCUUUUCCACAUCUUCUGGUGUGGAGAAAAGUGGCUGGUACAGAACAGAUCAAGGCAGGGGCCAAGGCAGGGGCCAAGGACACUCCAUUGAUUCUGAUGAUGGAAGCCAAAGGUUUUUGGGAAAAGAAGGGCUACGCAAAACCCACAUAAACGGAGAGCUGGGGUCUGGGCAGUUUUCUGGAGCAGGUCUAGAUAGUGACUCAGCAGCCGAUGAUGGCAGCAUCUUUGGACUAAAAGGCUUAGGAGGCAGAAGUGGGUUAAAGGCUGUCCAUGGCAUGGAUUCUGUGUCAGGCAGAGCAGGUCCUGGUGGUGCAGUAGGAGGGGCAGGUGAAUGGACUUCUGUGGAUGGCAGAGGUGAAGGUAUGCUAGGUGCUGUUAACGUUGACAUGGAUGAUGGAGAAGGUUUGGGUUCUCAGCAUGACGAGGAUGGGAAUUUAGGUGAUGCCAGUUACAGAGCUGGUUUUGGGGGUCCUGGGAGGUUGAGUGGUGGAAGUUCUGUGCCAGAUGGGCUUGAUCCUAAUUUAGCUGGAGUUGCAGCUAGUGUGGGUGGUCUGUUCAGCAGGACUGGUCCAGGAACUGGAGCUGGGGGGAAUGCUGUAGGUGCUGGAAUGGCAGAAGGAUUGAGGUCCCACCAUGGCAAGGAUGGGCAUCCCACCAUGGGUGAUAUGAAUGGAGCAGGUAUUAACAGAGAGGGACAAACUGGGACUCCCUAUGGCAAGGAUGGCCUGACACCUCAUGCCAGUGGUCAGUUAGGGCAGGCAGGAAGAUCUGUCUCACUGUAUGGGCCAGGACGCCUUCCAGGUGGAGAUGGGGCUAUACCUGGUGCAGGCAAAAAUUCCACAGGAGAAAUGGAGGCUUUGUAUGGUCCAAAGGGUCAAACACUGGGAGCAGGUGCUGGUGGAGCUGGUGCAGGGGGAUUUGGAUCUCCCUAUGGAAAGGAUGGUCUCCCAGCUGGGGCUGGUUUUGGUGGUGUUGGUGCAGGAGAACUUGGAGCUCUCUAUGGGAAGGAUGGUCUACCAGCUGGGGCUGGUUUUGGUGGUGUUGGUGCAGGAGAACUUGGAGCUCCCUAUGGGAAGGAUGGUCUCCCAGCUGGGGCUGGUUUUGGUGGGUCUGGUGAUGCAGGGGGACUUGGAUCUCCCUAUGGAAAGGAUGGUCUACCAGCUGGGGCUGGUUUUGGUGGGGCUGGUGGUGCAGGGGGACUUGGAGCUCCCUAUGGAAAGGAUGGUCUCCCAGCUGGGGCUGGUUUUGGGGGGGCUGGUGCAGGAGAACUUGGAUCUCCCUAUGGAAAGGAUGGUCUUCCCAUUGGAGCAGGUGUUGGUGGGUCUGGGGGCGCAGGGGGACUUGGAUCUCCCUAUGGAAAGGAUGGUCUCCCAGUUGGAGCUGGUUUUGGUGGGGCUGGGGGUGCAGGAGGACUUGGAGCUCCCUAUGGGAAGGAUGGUCUCCCAGCUGGGGCUGGUUUUGGUGGGUCUGGUGAUGCAGGGGGACUUGGAUCUCCCUAUGGAAAGGAUGGUCUACCAGCUGGGGCUGGUUUUGGUGGGGCUGGUGGUGCAGGGGGACUUGGAGCUCCCUAUGGAAAGGAUGGUCUCCCAGCUGGGGCUGGUUUUGGGGGGGCUGGUGCAGGAGAACUUGGAGCUCCCUAUGGAAAGGAUGGUCUUCCCAUUGGAGCAGGUGUUGGUGGAUCUGGGGGCGCAGGGGGACUUGGAUCUCCCUAUGGAAAGGAUGGUCUCCCAGUUGGAGCUGGUUUUGGUGGGGCUGGGGGUGCAGGAGGACUUGGAGCUCCCUAUGGGAAGGAUGGUCUCCCAGCUGGGGCUGGUUUUGGUGGUGUUGGUGCAGGAGGACUUGGAUUUCCCUAUGGAAAGGACGGUCUUCCCGUUGGAGCAGGUGUUGGUGGGGCUGGUGGGGCAGGGGGACUUGGAUUUCCCUAUGGAAAGGAUGGUCUUCCCAUUGGAGCAGGUGUUGGUGGGUCUGGUGGUGCAGGGGGACUUGGAUCUCCCUAUGGGAAGGAUGGUCUCCCAGCUGGGGCUGGUGGUGUUGGUGCAGGAGGACUUGAAGCUCCCUAUGGAAAGGAUGGCCUCCCAGCUGGAGCUGGUGUUGGUGGGGCUGAUGUAGCUGGUGUAGGGGGAUUUGGAGCUCCCUAUGGGAAGAACAGUCUCCCAGCUGGGGCUGGUGUUGGUGGUAUUGGUGCAGGGAGACUUGGUUAUCCAUAUGGAAAGGAUGGACUCCCUGAUGGAUCAGGAGCUGGUGGAGCAGGUGGUGGUUUUGGAGGUGCUGGAUCUCCUUAUGGAAUGGAUGGUUUUCCAGCUGGAGCAGGUGCUGAAGGGACUGGUGCAGGGGGACUUGGAGCUCCCUGUAGGAAAGACGGUCUCCCAGCUGGAGCAGGUGCUAGUGGUGCAGCAGGAUUUGGGGAGGCCUUGGAUGAUAGUCGGCCACUUGGAGCAGGUGUUGGAGGUACUGCUGGUGCUGGUGCAGGGGGACUUGGAUCUCCCUAUGGAAAGGAUGGUCUCCCAGCUGGGGCUGGUUUUGGUGGGCCUGGUGCAGGACUUGGAGCUCCCUAUGGGAAGGAUGGUCUCCCAGCUGGGGCUGGUUUUGGUGGUGUUGGUGCAGGAGAACUUGGAGCUCCCUAUGGGAAGGAUGGUCUUCCCAUUGGAGCAGGUGUUGGUGGGUCUGGUGGUGCAGGGGGACUUGGUUCUCCCUAUGGGAAGGACGGUCUCCCAGCUGGGGCUGGUUUUGGUGGGCCUGGUGCAGGACUUGGAGCUCCCUAUGGGAAGGAUGGUCUCCCAGCUGGGGCUGGUGGAGCUGGUGCAGGUGGACUUGGCAAGGCUUUGUAUGGUCCAGAUGGUCAGCCACUUGGAGCAGGUGUUGGUGGUGCAGGGGGAGUUCCAUCCUAUGGAAAGGAUGGUCUCCGAGUUGGUGUUGGUGCAGGGGGAGGUGGGGGUCCCUAUGGAAAGGAUGGUCUCCCAGUUGGAGCUGGUGUUGGUGGUGCAGGCGGAGUUCCAUCCUAUGGAAUGGAUGGUCUCCCAGUUGGAGCUGGUGUUGGUGCAGGGGGAGGUGGGGGUCCCUAUGGAAAGGAUGGUCUCCCAGUUGGAGUAGGUGUCGGUGGUGCAGGCGGAGUUCCAUCCUAUGGAAAGGAUGGUCUCCCAGCUGGAGCUGGUGCUGGUGGUGCAGGGGCAAUUGGGGGUCCCUAUGGAAAGGAUGGUCUCCCAGUUGGAGCUGGUGCUGGUGGUGCAGGGGCAAUUGGGGGUCCCUAUGGAAAGGAUGGUCUCCCAGUUGGAGCUGGUGCUGGUGGUGCAGGGGCAGUUGGGGGUCCCUAUGGAAAGGAUGGUCUCCCAGUUGGAGCUGGUGCUGGUGGUGCAGGGGCAAUUGGGGGUCCCUAUGGAAAGGAUGGUCUCCCAGUUGGAGCUGGUGCUGGUGUUGGUGGUGCAGGGGCAGUUGGGGGUCCCUAUGGAAAGGAUGGUCUCCCAGUUGGAGCUGGUGCUGGUGUUGGUGGUGCAGGGGCAGUUGGGGGUCCCUAUGGAAAGGAUGGUCUCCCAGUUAGUGCUGGUGCUGGUGUUGGUGGUGCAGGGGCAGUUGGGGGUCCCUAUGGAAAGGAUGGUCUCCCAGCUGGAGGUGGUGCAGGAGGAGUCGGGGGUCCCUAUGGAAAGGAUGGUCUCCCAGCUGGAGGUGGUGCAGGAGGAGUCGGGGGUCCCUAUGGAAAGGAUGGUCUCCCAGUUGGAGCUGGUGCUGGUGGUGCAGGAGGAGUUCCAUCCUAUGGAAAGGAUGGUCUCCCAGUUAGUGCUGGUGCUGGUGUUGGUGGUGCAGGGGCAGUUGGGGGUCCCUAUGGAAAGGAUGGUCUCCCAGUUGGAGGUGGUGUUGGUGGUUCAGGAGGAGUUCCAUCCUAUGGAAAGGAUGGUCUCUCAGUUGGUGCUGGUGUUGGUGGGGCUGCUGGUGAAGGAGGAGCUGGAGCUCCCUAUGGAAAGGAUGGUCUGCCAGCUGGGACUGGUCAUGGUGGUGCAGGGGGAGUUGGGGGUCCCUGUGGAAAGGAUGGUCUCCUAGCUGGGGCUGUGGCAGGAGCUGCUCGUUUUCCUCUUGGAGGUGAGGAAGCCAUGGCAUCUGGCCAUGGCGUGGAUGCCAUGCUGAGCAGAGCUCCAGGAUAUGCAGGUGGGGCAGGAGGAGAGGGCUUUUCCAGGGAAGGCUCUGCACUGUGGGGUGCAGGGUCUCCCUAUGGCAAAGACAGAGGAUCGGCUGGAGCCAUGGCUGGUGCAGGUGGGGUUGGGAGGUUGGGAGGGGAUGAAUGGGAUUUGGUCCAUGGUAAAGGAGGUGUGGGAGGUGCUGGUGGGCCAGGUGGUGAGUAUGGGCUGGAUGCACAUCUUGGCAGACCUUCAAGAGGUGAAACUGGAAAGGGCACUGCCAGUGAUGUCAGAGGGCCAGGGAACAAAGGUUCAGCUGGUGACAGAGAGUACCUGUCAGGUCCAGAAGGAGCCAGGAGAGAGGGCAGAGAUUUCAGUCAGUUGGGCUCUCUUUAUGACACAAAUUCUGCCUUUGGAGGGGCAGGGAGUAAAUUCCAUGACAGAUCUGUUGACGGGAGUAGUUCAGGUGGGUUUGGUCAAGGUCCCCUGAGUUAUGGCCAGAUGCCAGGUCCUCUUGGUGGACCUCCUUCAGCAAACCAGAGAAACCAGGAACCUGACCUGGAUCUUAAAGCAAAUGAUUCCCUGAAGAACACAGAAAGCACAGGACAAAAGAGACAGAGUAUCCUGGAUAAUCUCAAAGUCCCGCGCUGUUACCUCAACAAGCAGCUGGCAACCGUGCGAGUGCUGAAGGGGGAUCCAGCUGAGCUGUCCUGCACUGUCAGCAAGGACAACGUGACAGGAGUCUGGUUUAAGGAUGGCCUGAAGUUAACAAGCAUGGAUGGAGUCAUCUUUGAAAAGAAAGGUCUUGUCCACAAAUUGAUCAUUAACAAAGCUGAAGAUAUUCAUGCUGGGAAAUACAGGUUUGAAGGUGGAGAUGUAAAAACUGAAGCUUCAAUUUUUGUUGAAGAUCCUCCCCGGGUGGACAAAGUCCUCCUCAAGAACUUGAGCAGUGUCCCCACUGUGGCCAAGGCUGGGGAGGGGGUGAAGCUGCAGAUCCCAUUCGAGGGUCGGUGGCCCAUCAGGGCAGCGUGGCUGAAGGACAGGAUGGAGCUGGGGAAUGACACCAGGAUCCGUGUGGACAAGACAGACACCUGCACCACACUGUCCAUCUCCAGCUGCGACAGGACGGACUGUGGGGAUUACAAAGUCAGGCUCAAGAAUGACAGUGGUGUCCUGGAGAUCAACCUAAAGCUCGUGGUGAUAGACAAGCCACAGCCCCCAGCAGGACCCAUCAAAAUUGUAGAAAGCUCUGCUGACAACAUCACGAUCGAAUGGAAGCCCCCAAAGGACGAUGGGGGCAAACCAGUGCAAAGGUACAUCGUGGAGAGGCAGCAGGUGGGCAGGAAUGACUGGGAGACUUUGGGAGAAACCCCCAGGAGCUGCACCAGCUUCACCACAAGCAGAGUGGAGGAAGAGAUGAGCUACUACUUCAGGGUGAGGGCCAUGAAUGCCGAGGGAGUGAGCGACGCGCUGGAGUCAGGGGAAGUGAAGGCUGCUGGUAAAGCUUGCCCUGGUGCCCCAGAUCCCCCCGAGAUCAUUAGUGUCAGCAGGGACGCCAUCACCAUAUCGUGGAAAGCUCCUGGUAAAACCGGUGCUUCCCAAAUUAUGGGAUACGUUGUUCAGAAGCGCAAGAAGGGCACUGUGACCUGGCUGCCAGUCACCAACGGGCCUGUCAAAGACAAGAAGCUGAAGGUGACCAACCUCAAGAAGGGUGUGCAGUAUGAGUUCCGUGUGGCAGCUGUCAAUACUGCUGGCACAGGACAGCCCAGUGACCCCUCAGAGCCUGCCUUUGCCCGGGACCCCACCAAAUCUCCAGGCCAAGUGCAGGACCUUAAAGUGAGCAGCAGUGACAGCACCAGUGUCACCUUGACAUGGAACAAACCUGAAGUACAAGAUGGGAUUGAGGUGAAAGGCUACGAGGUGGAGAUGAAGCCCUGUAACAGCCUCAGCUGGACCAAGUGCUUCACCCUCCCAGCACAGAGCACCUCGUGCAGGGUCCAGGGCCUGCAGGCUGGGGGGAAGCUGCUCCUGCGCGUCAGGGCCCUCAGCGACAGCGGCCCCGGGGAGGCCUCGGAGCUCGAGGCUCGUGCUGGAGCUGCUCCCGUGGUCUCUCCCAGGUUACUGAUAGAUGACACAGUGAAAAGCUUCCUGAUUAUAAAAGCAGGGAAUCCCAUCCGAGUGAAGAUUCCCUUUGAGGGAUCUCCUGAGCCAGUGGUGACCUGGUUAAAGGAUGGGCUCCCCCUCCCCAGCCGGGCUGACGUGAGCACCGAGGAUGGAAUCACCCAGCUGCUGCUCAGGGCAGCAGAGUUCUGUGACAGCGGCACCUACACUGUGGAGCUUGGGGAUGGGCUGGGGGAAAGGGAAACCUUCAGCUUCCAGGUUCAAGUUAGAGAUAUCCCUCAGCCCCCUGGAGCCAUCCGGCUGGAGGAGAAUGUGCCCAACACAGUGACAGUGACCUGGGACCCCUCAGCAUCCGAGCGGUGGGAGAAGAACCUGUAUUACACCAUCCUGAAGCGGGAAUCCCAGAAGGGGCUGUGGCAUGUGCUGGGGGACCUGAUCUACAACAACAAGUUCACCUUCACCAGGGUGGUCCCAGGCAGGGAUUAUUACUUCAGGGUCGUGGCAAAAAAUGACCUGGGAGCCAGCGAUCCAUCAGAAACUGUGCAGCCCUGGAGGAUCUCGAAAAAAAAGGCCGAAUUUCAAGUGAAAGAACAGAAAUACAGGGGAGUUAACCAGAACCAGCCCCCGAGGUUCCUGGUGCCUCUUAAGUCCCAUGUGGUGGUGACGGGCAGCGAGUGUCACAUGAGCUGUGCUGUUGGAGGCCACCCUCCCCCAAAAAUCACAUGGUACAAGGACAGCAGAGACCUCUCCGGAGAUCCCAACUACUUCUGCACGAACGACUUUGGAGUCUGCUCGCUGGUGGUGCUGGGGGUCACCAAGCAGGAUGAGGGGGAGUACAUGGUGGAAGCCAGCAAUGGAGUGGGUCGUGCCUUCAGCAGAGCCUUCCUUGCCAUCAAAGACUCCUCCCUGUAGCGUGGCGCUGCUGAGACAUCCCUGCAUGGCUCUGAGGAUGAGAAGCUUUUGGUGAGGACUCCUCCAUAUGAAGGCUGUGAAUUUAUUGUCAGAUGUUCUUCACAGUCUGAGGGUGUUAUUUUUCAGAUCUAGUAACUGCACUUUGAACAUGAUGCUGCAUUACCAUCCAUACUGGGGGGAAAAAAGCUUUAAGAGCACUGUAUUUUUUUUUUUUAAUGAUCAGGCUUUCUAUGAGACCUUUAAAACAGCUUCAGGAAAACAGAUGAUGAGAGGAAAAAUAAUUGGCCAAAAUGAGACUUUCCGUGGAGAGCACAGGUGGGAGAGAACAUCCUGCCACACCACUCACGCACAAGGACAUUUCUGAACAUCCGGGAUCUCUGGUCUUUUCACAUACGCAUUUUCAAGCCAAAGCAAUCACUUUGGAUUCCAUGUGAUUCUCUGCAGGUUUGACAAAUCUGGCAGAAGCAAUUCUGCAUGUGUUCUACUACCACUAGCAGCUAAGUAGAUUAUCUUCCCUAACCCCUAAGUUCAAAAGAGCAUCUGCCUGCCCGCUUUGUCUGGGCAGGAGAUGAAAUCUCAGACCAGCCUGGCGUGGGGUAGGUGAAACUCCCAGUGCAAAUGCACUGGUGGGAAGGACUGGAAGUCUAUAACCAGUGUGUGAGCUGAGCAACUCCCAAAACCCACAGCAUGUGCUGUACAAAGGCUGUGCCAGUCCUGAAACACCCCCCCCCAGCAUCACCUGUGCAUCCCAGCUGCCCCUGGUCAUGGCAGUGCUGGGAGCCUUUUGCCUUGUGCAGAAAGAGGUGAAAAAUCCUUCCUGCCUGACCAGAAAUAUGAGAGACCCCCAGGGACCUGCUGCCAUGGCCAGGUUUCCCAUCAUUGGGCCUGGACAGCAAAAUGUUCUGGUGGCUGUAGGAGGGUGUCACAGCCAGAGCACCAAGGGUAUUUUGUGAUAGGAGAGCGCAGAGCCAAACACUGUGGGGCUGGAAUGUUCCUUGGGAUUACAUUUUGUACAGUGUUGUACAAUGUUGUACAGAUGUAGCAGCAGUAGAUAAUGAAAUUAAACCGCAAUAAAGUGAAA